AUGGCGCUGCUGUGGACAUCGUGGACUUGGACCACCACCGUUGGCCUGCUCUACGUCGGCCUCUCCCUGUCCACCUUUUCCAAGGUGUACCGCGCGGAGGUCGAAACCAAGAAGCCCGAAGGCGACCUGUGGUCCCUGCUGGUGGCGUCCUUCUUUGGCGCAGGGCUGGUCUUCAUAUACAGCAUCUUCUCUCUGUGCCUUUUGGCGGGUCUGACGCUGCGGAAGAAGAAGCGCAAGGCGGGGUUUUGGUAUGGCUUCGUCACCAGCGGGUGCGUCAACCUGGGGCUCGUGACGCUGCUGUGCUCCCUGGUGCUGCACGGCUACAAGAACGACGUGGUGACCUUGUUUCAGCUGGACGCCGGCGUGCAGUGGUCGCCCACGGACACAGCCGUCUUCGAGACGACAUUCAUAGUUGGGUACGUGGCUGCCGGUUUCUACGUCAUCCUGGGGUGCGUGUUGUACUACGGUAGGACGCUGCUGAAAUGGCGGGAUGAAGAGGACGGCGGGGAGGGAGAGCAGAGCCUGCUGGGGCGUUAG